AUGCACAACCCUGAGGAUUGGGACGACUCGUCUCUGAUCCGAGCUUGGGAUCUGGCACUUCUGGCGUACAAGAAACACCACAGCCUCCAGAUCAGUCCUGAUGCCGACACGGAUCCACAUCUGAAGCGCAAGGCCGAUUCGGGCUCUCCUCAGAGUUCUGCGGCGCAAGAACCCAAGAGAGCCAAGGCCGAGUCCGCCGACCUGCGCGACGAAUGGAACGAGGACAGAAACGAGGACGAAGAAGAUGGGGAGCUGUCCGAGGGCGAGCUGUCCGAGGAGCACAACGAAGUGCCGCAUCUGGCCUCGCCGGGGCUCUCCAAAUCGCAUGGAUCCGCAACAGCACAUGAAACUCCGUUGGACCAGCACGCAUCUGCGACCGAGGGCUCGGCAGCAGAUGCCCCCUGCUCUUCGUGUGGACUGCAAGCCGAGGAUAUCCCUGCCGCUAUGGAUUCGGAGGCCUUGGAGCCCGGCGCCCUUUCGAUCUCGUCGAUUGCACCAUCGCUUGCCACCGCCCUCCGCACGAGUGGCAUUCCUGACACUGUCUCUGGCCCCAAGUCCAAGCAGGCGCUGUCCCAUCUGCUCGCGGCUUACUACUGGGUCGGCUACUACACACAGGCCCUGAGCGGCCAGGGCGACGAAAGCCGGGAUCAGGCCGAAUCCUCUUUGCAAGAUCGAUCGUCACAGCCAUGA